AUGGCUGACCUCCCUUGGGGUCCUUCGCUGCGUGAUCCAGAUUUGGAUCGACGGGUCCUGGAAGUUUUUCGAAAGUUCCCUCACGAUUCGACUAUAGAUGGACUGAUUGGACAUCGAUCGAUGUUUGCGAUGCAGGUUGACAGGGUCCUCCAUGACCAGAUCUUCGGCUCGCUGUGCACAUUGCACCAUCGUGUUGGCUUACAGUGGGAUGGUAUUUUGUUGGCUGGCGCGAGCAUUCGUGUCCCGGGCUUGAACAAUUGCUAUCCGCUAGUCUGCUCGGGGGAGAAGAUCCUGCUUGCAGGGAUCUUGAAAUCCAUCUCAGAGGAUGGCACGACGAUUGAGCUGCAGAAGGGAGCCACUAUUGUGCACUACCCGGAACUCCACUGGAAUGUACUUCACCUGUUUUCAGGUGGAUAUAGUGGAUGGUCGCAGGCAGCAGAAUGGCUGGAGACCGCUGAUGUUGGGUUCAUUGCUGACAGACAACUGUUUCUGGAUUGGGACCCUACCGUUGUCAAGACUUGUGCAUUGAACCACAGCGCAUUGGUCGUCAAGGCUCCACUGGAGCCUAAUCCAGACUUCGUAACUGCAAAGAAGAUCAUUGUGGAAGGGAGUAUUUCGGACUUCACUACGCUCCAUGCAGUGAGGAUGCCUUUUAACCUGGUUGAGACACUCAGCCCACCUUGCGUGUCGUGGUCGAAAGGUGGUACUGGAGGAGGGCUUGAUUCGUCGCAUGGGUUCGCCCUCCUGGAAAGCAUCGAGAUGAUCUUUGCGACGCAACCGGUGGCCUUCCUUGAUGAGACAUUCUCAAUUGAAGUAGGCAAGCACCAGAACUUUCGCGAGCUAGGGGCUAUGCUGUUUCGGUUGCCUUUGCGCUUGAUGAUGCAAAUCCGCGUCGAGCAUUUUUCGUUGCAGCCAACUCCCACUGACCUUGUCUACGACUUCCUGUCCAGUGAGAGGGAGUGCGAUAUCUUUCUUGGAGGUUACUUGCUCUGCUCGAUUCAGGCAUGCGAGCCGAUCCCUGUGCAGCAUACCACUGAGAACCAUCUCAACCUGCACGGAGUUCCAACCUUCCUUCAAGGCACUUCGCUACCUUUCGGUCCGUUUGGCCCAGAGGAUCUGCUGUUUACACAGGCAAUCGAAAACCUGGAGAACCUCAACUGUACGACAACGUACCCAGGGAGCACCUUCGUCAUCUGGGCAGGCAAGGACCUGUGGGCAUUUACGCCCUUUGAUGAACUGGACGCGGCCACUCAGAUGGGAGAGCCGGUGGAGUUCGUUGAGCUGCGGGUAUACCUACAUGAUCUUCUUCAGCCUGCCCACGAACGCGACUUCAGGAGCCUGGCAGUCUUUCCAAUCAUGGAGCUGAUGGCAGCCAAGGUGGUGGUGGCGCGCGCGGACUUCCAGGGCAACUUGAUCGUGGAGACCGUCGUGGGGCCAGAGUGGGAGGAAGGGGGUUGGACAUUGUGGACCCUCAUCUGGAAGGGACAUAUGGUGCUGCUACAGCCUCCCACAGACUUCGACCUCACGUCAUGGCUGGCGGAGGAGCGCCAGAGUACUCCGGUGCUGGGUUUCAACUUCUACUGGCACGCCCGCCAUGAUCAACCAGUUAGCGCUCCCGGCAAGGUGGCAUGCAGAUUGCGCAAACCUCCUCGAAGAGCUGGAGAAGGGUGGCUGAUGUCAGGCCUGGUGCGUCAACACAGCUCCUUAGCAGCUGUGGCGACCUCUUACAAUCAGAUGGAAGGGUCAAGUUUGGCAGGAGCAACAACCACCGCUGGGAUGACAAAGGAGUGGAUCAAAGAAGCUUUGCAGCCUGUCGAGCUCUUCUCAGACCCGCCAAACCCAACGGUGGAGGAGCCCUACAACCAGGCCUACGUGACGGAGGAGGCGGAGGUCACCAACACGACGGAGGAGACCCUUGACCAUGCCUACGUGACGGAGAAGGCGGAGGUUGCGGAGGACGAGAACCAGGUGUUUGAGGCAGAGGGCGCGGGCGAUCAGGGUUUCGAGGCGGAGGAGGUCAACAGCAGCAACAUGUCUUGGGAACUGAGCGACCAGGAGAAUGGAGAGCAGCAUGACGUGAUGGCAUUGUCACGGGGACCAUCGAUUGGACGUUUGGUCGACGGGAAGGGGGUCCUGGUCGCCAAGCUCAUCAAGGAGGUCGCCAGGCUGCAGCCUUUCGUAGUGAUCUGGGAGGGCCCAAGAUGCGCGCCCUGGGAGCGAGCGCGGGAAGGCCUUCAAGCCAAUGGUCUUCAAGGCGUGGUCAUCGAGUUCGUGUCCACGGAGCUGGGUGAGUUUCUGGCACGGCGGAGACGCUGUCUGACCCGCUUCGAGGUGACGGAGGAUGUGGUGCAGAGGUGGUGGGUCAUGCUUGGAACUCACCUCAAGAAGAGAGGAUCAAUGUGCAUGGGCUUGCAGGUCCUGGAAAAUGGCCCUUACGAGCAAAGGAUGGAGGGUUUGAGGUGCCAUCCGGGACAGCUUCGUGUACUUCAAGCUCGCGAAGUGUGGAUUUGCCAGGGACGAACCGGGUCGGCGUGGGACGAGCUCAUCCGACAAGGUCGAACGGAAAAGGAGGUGGCAGAGCAAGGCAACCGAGCCACGGGCAUUCAGGUGGCUUCCGGCUUGCUGGUGAUGGCGGGCGCUUUGGUCGAGUUCGGGGAGAUCCUCGGAGAGGGGACGAAGGCGGGAGCCAUCGGGAAUGAGCCGUACGACCUCUCCAUGGCCAAGCUGUUAGCCUGGCUCCGCAAGUUGGGUGACACGUUCGGGGGUGACGGACGCGCCGGUGGUGGUCAAUCUACUCGCCCUGUCUCCAGAUUGGGCGAAGCACUAUGGUUGUCUUGCUUCGACCGCGACCUGGACACGGAGGACAUGCCCGAGGUGACGCUGAAGGAGUACUUCGGGGACACAUCUGCAGGAGGCCGACGCCCAAAGUCCACGAAGCCUGCCCAACUGCCAGCUGACCAACACGUGCUCCUCGAGCCCAGGAAGAUUCCUUUCGAUGGGUCAGUUCAGACCCACGUGGAGGAGUGGCUCGAAGAAAACAUUGCCGGAAGCAAAGCAACCAGCACCUUGCGGAUGUACCAGUCCGCGUGGGGAAAGUGGGAGGCGUGGGCGGCCCGGCAAGGCUGGCCCUCGUGCUACCUCAAUGUGAGAGGGGAUAAGUUGGAGAACGAGGACAAGCUCUUGGCGUUCCUGGGCCACCUUGGAUGGCUGGGCACUACAGCGGCUUCCAUCAAGCAGGCUUUGUUUGCGGUGAAGGACGGCCAUAAGCGAGGAGGAGCUGGUGACCCGACUGAAGGAAUGUUCCGAGUGUGGAUGCUGAUCACUUCGCUGGAUCGACAUGCGGAGCGCAAGCCUCGGCGCCUGGGUGUGACACCGGGAAUGCUGGUGUGGGUUGGGAAAAGUCUAUGCAACAGCGACUUGUUCGGGGAGGACCAUGGGUCGACAAGGCGAUGGUGCAAGCGGCCUUGCUGGUGGUUCUUCAUGCUUCGCGCCAAGGAGUACUGCGAUUCCGGAGGCGUGGACGCCCACAUGAUCAUCCGGGGCAUGGACGUCAGGCUCACCAAGAACGGCCAGGAUGUGAAGGAAGGAGCAAAUGAAGUCACGCUACAGUUCCGCAAGACUAAGGCGGAUCAGGAAGCAUUCGGAUCUUGCAAAAACCAUGGGCUUGACGGGCGAGAUGUUUCUUUGUCCUGUACGAGCCCUGGAAGAGCUACGACUGGUAGCCCAGCGAAGGUUUUCACCGGCCCGGAAGCUCACUUGCCCCUGUUUCGAUGGGGGAAUGGUACCACCCUCCGCCGGACGGAGGUCCAAGCAGUGCUACAGAAGGCCGCAAAGGCCGAGGGGCUCCCUGAAGACCGCUUCAUGAGUCACAGCCUGCGAAUUGGUGGAGCAAGCGCUUUGUUCCAGGCCUCGGUGCCUUUAUGA